GCAGAUGGCGGUGACAGAGGGACCUGUGCUGCAGAUAGAAGCUCUGUCUGAGGGAAUUAACCAACUCACGGGUUCCAGAGAGGAGAGAGGGGCUGGAGCUGUUCCAAACAUCAAAGGCAGACCCAUACUGGUUAUAAGGGAAACCACCUUCUGACCUAGUCCUGUAGACAUGGGGAAGAUAGAAAGCAAACAACCAGCCCCGGACAUUCCCAAGAAAAUCUCAACCUGGUGGGAGAGGCUACAGAAGAAGCCACCAGCUCCAACCAUGACCAUUCCAAACAUGAACUUUAACUUCCCAACCCUGUGGGGAAGGAGAGAGAGCAAGCUACCAGACCCAGACAUACCCAGUAUAUUCUCCACUCUGUGGAGAACCCCCAACAACCCCAACGAUUUUGUCCCUCUUUUCACCGACUGUGUGGGGAUAGCUGCAGCUAGGACCCAGGAGUACCUCCUGUUCCUGGACCCAGAGGACAAGUUCCAGCCUAGCCCGUCAGCCCUCAAUGAUAUCUUUCUAAUGACCUACAUCACCCAGAGCAGCCACCUCCACAUGACCGACUCCUUCAACUGCACCACCAUGACCAAGCAGCAGCGCAUCCUCCUGGGUGCUGACUGGGUGUGGGCUGUGCUGGAGAGGCCCACCAAGAACCCCCGCAUCCAGAUCGCCGUGCAGAUCCUGCACCUGCCCGAGAGGGGGGGAGGGCCAGCCGAGGACAUCCCCCCGGAGGUAUACACUGAAUCCAUGCAGAUGGCCAAGAUGGAGUCUGCUCAUAAGAACAAGGCAGAAAGGAUGGUGGAUUUCUGUGCCUCCAUCGGUAAUGACUGCUACGCCCUCUUUCUCCUCUUUGGCCGCAAGGGCGACCCGGGCAACAUCUACGGAGUGCUGAGCAACAACUUUCACGCUGCUAUAGGGAAGACUAAGAUCAACCGUGCACUCAUUGAGAAUUUCUUUAAAGGAUCCAGGUACUUACACACACCCACUGGAAUGCUACAGGCUAUUGUCACCAAGCGAGAUUCUGACCCUUUAACUUUGCUCAUCAAGUUUACCUGACCAGUGUGAUCGAUGACAGAGCAGCCAUAUGGGACCUUUCAGAUUACUCUGUUUACUGUAGUGUUUCACAUGGGAGGAUGGACUGUUGUGAUUGUUGGGUUUAUGCUUGCCUGGGACUUGGGGACCCAGUGUGCUGAAAUUGGCCUGUGUCCAUAUCUCGUUUGUGGACUACUGACCCAUGCCUGCUGACAGCUGCUCACACCCCUGUGGUUAGUAUUUCUGUUAGAGCUCUAUUCAAUCAGAUCCGCUUUAGCCGACAUCCACAUAGCGGUUCUUUUGGCAGUGUGGGAGAUUAAACUGCGUUAGAGCUGUCAAAUCCAAAAGCGGCUCCUGACAUUAUACCUAAAGCGAACAUUGCUAUUGGCUGCGCAGAGUCACAUUAACAGAAAUCCCAUGCAGCCUUGUUUACAAGUUGGAACACUGGAAUGUGAGAUGGAAUCUACAUCUCCAUUAAGAUGAUAGAAACCCUCAUUAUUUAGUUGAAUGAUUUUCAAUUUGAGCGUCAUUAUUUCAAUAUAGCCUACACUUUCUCCUUCUGAACUUCUAACGAAAGUGGGACGGGUGGGGCUUUGUGACAAAGAUCAAGAGCAGCUGCUCACCGAUUUGACAGCUCCAAUGCAGUUAUACCUCCGACACAGCCAAAACAUCAGCUAUGCAGGUGUCGGUUAUGGCCAGUUAAUGCAUGAUCUGAUUGAAUCGAGGCCUUAAUGGACUUAACACUUCACUGGAAAUGUACACAAACAACCGAUCUGCUAUCACUAAUCAUUGACUGAACACAUUGUGAUAGCUUCACCCAAAACCUCAUUCUAAGUUCAUUUGAUUAAGGUGGAUUGUUCUCUUAAAGUUGAGUCAAAGUAGAAAAUAACAGGAUGGGUUCAAAAAUAAAUUAAUAUACAUUUCUGGAUGUCUUGAGUUAUCUUGUUUAGAAGAGGAUUAUUUAUGUUGAGGAUUAUGCUCAGUGGUAAAUAGCAUAAUGUAAAUGAAGGGAUUUGUGUUUAAAUAUGCAGGUUUGCUAAGGCUAAGGUUAUAUAUACACAGUGUGGUGCCGAGAAUAAUACUACUCUUUCUCCCCAAUACCACAAAGACAUCAGAUUAUGUGUAGAGAUGGCUUUAAUGAGUAAUGAGAUUCAACAAAACAUCCAAAUGCUUUAGAUACAGUACAUAAUUAGAACAAUUAUUACUAAAACAGUUGAAACAUACUAAAAGCCAACUAACUUUUCACAGUAUCUCACACAAAAAAAGUUAUUUGAAUGUUCAACAUGCAAAUAUGACAUUUGUUAUUCAAAACGCUAGAGAAUAUCCUGUUGGUCUUGAAAUGUGUUACAUUGUGUUCUACAUACAUAAUUCAAUAGAACAUAUUGUCUUAAAUGUCCUGGUGCGUUUUAAUGUAUAUAUGCCUAGUUGGAGGCCUGGGAGUUAUCAGUAUGUGAAUGUGUUCUCUGUCUUGUAGCCCAGAAUGGAGAGGUUGGGGCGCCAUGGAUGCUGGGUCAUGGGGAGUGGGCCACACAUGACAAUGAGCACAUCGUUGGACACCAGGGGAAGGUGCUCUUUCAUCAUAUCAGCGUUCACAAACCCUGAGCUGUACUUCCAGUCUGUAAUUAGAGGAAAACACAAGCUGAAUUCAACUGUUUUUAAUCAACAGAUAAGGAUCAGCCCUGCAGGCCAAUUAAAUGAGCACACCCUGUUAGCGAAGAUGUGUUUAAUUUAUGUGGAACUAACGGAUGAGUGCCAGGAUAGACAAUUAGCUGGAGCCUCAUUUGCAUACUGUACCAUAUGAGGAAGCUACAGUAUAGGUGACGGGUCACAUGGCAAAACAGAAUCUAAAUAGAACGUUUAGAUCAUAGCGAUGUUGGGAUAUGAUUGGAGGGGGAAGGGUUUCCAUUAAUUCAGUUGACAUCAGUAACAGACCAAUUCAAAAGGGUUGCUGCAGACAGUCAGCCAGUCCCUACAAAGGGUGUGGUGACACAGCAUGAUAAAAAAGGGCUUUUUUGCAGUCCAACACGAAUGAUACAAUGGUAUUAGACCAUGACAACCCUGUACCUUAAUCUUUUUUGUCAUGGAAUACUAUGGUCUUACCCUGUGGAGGUUUGUCAAUAGUGAACCACAAAUUGAGUUGUUCAGAGUGACUCUUCAGCACCUUCUCUAGUUCCUCCCGCAGUAGAAUAUCCUUAGCCUGUGGGCAAGAGACCAUCAUUAGAAGAAGGUUUAAAAUUGCUAGUGCUACAACUAAUACAGUAUGUCAUUGAGUCUUGUUAAACCAUACUAAAGGUGAGACAUUGAUCUUGGUUGACUAUUGUCAGAUCGUCUGUUGUACCUGUUGUAUUCAUAACAAGCUCUGUGUCCACUUCAUUGAUAAUCCACGGUGACAGUGUAAUACUGUGUGGGAUGUGACUCUUCCCUGUACGCCGGUGAGACUGACCUCUGACCUGGUUAGCAAAUAUGAGGGAGCACUUGGUGUCAUCUGCAGGGUCUGCUGUAAUACUGUGUGGGAUGUGACUCUUCCCUGUACGCCGGUGAGACUGACCUCUGACCUGGUUAGCAAAUAUGAGGGAGCACUUGGUGUCAUCUGCAGGGUCUGCUGUAAUACUGUGUGGGAUGUGACUCUUCCCUGUACGCCAGUGAGACUGACCUGGUUAGCAAAUAUGAGGGAGCACUUGGUGUCAUCUGCAGGGUCUGCUGUAAUACUGUGAAUCAGCUGCAGCAUGGAGGUAAUCCUUGAAAAAGCACCCAGACAUUUAAGACAAUUUGCAGUUGAUGAUGAACUUAUAAAUAGUCCUACAAGUAAGUGCCAAUGAUGUCUGGACAGACUGGAGAGGUGGGUUGGCCUCCGGUCCAGUUCUAAAUUGGUUUAGGACCUAUUUAACCGGUCAAGAGUUUUUUGGUGAACAUAACUCAGAGAAAAUACAUGUCACAUGUGGCGUUCCACAAGGUUUGAUUUUGGGUCCUGUACUGUUCAGUUUAUAUACAGGGGUAUGUUAUCAGAAAGCACAACAUUGAUUUUCAAUACUACACAGACGAUACACAACUGUACAUUUUUGUAUCACCAGACGAUUUUAGCUCCACAGAUACAUUAUUAGACUGUAUUACUGAUUUAAAUACUUGGAUGGCUCACAACUUCCUCCAGCUAAAUCAAGUCAAGACCGAGGUAAUUAUUGUUGGAUUCAAAACACAGAGAGAAAAUCUAGCUGUAGAUUUUAAUUAAUGGGCAAUAAAGACAAAACACUUGUUAAAAACCCUUGUUAUUUUAGAUUCUUAACCAAAUUUCAAAUCACACAUUAGGAAUGUGACCAGCAUUUUACAACCUGAAGAGCAUUGCCAAGGUGUAGAUGUUUCUCUCUCAGGCUGAUGCAGAGAGAGUUAUCCAUGCUUAUAUUACAAGCAGGCUUGACUACAGUAAUGCUCUCCUGUCUGGUCUACUCAUAAAGUCAUUGGUCAACUGUAAAACAUACAGAAUGCUGCAGCACGGGUACUGACCAAGACCAGACGGAGAGCACAGAUUACACAGGUUUCAUGGUCUCUGCACUGGCUGCCUGUGAGGUUUACUAUUCAUUUUAAGAUUCUAUUGUUUAGUAUUUAUCAAUUCAUGUCAGACAUGCCUUUAAGUUAUGUACUAUACACAGUAGGUCCCUCAGGUCCUCUGGCACUGGCCUUUUAACUAUCCCAAAGCCUAGGACUAAGAGGCAGGGAGAGGCAGCCUUUAGUUAUUAUGCCCCCAGCCUCUGGAAUAGCCUGUCAGAGAACCUGAGGGUGGCCGAAACUGUAGACAUAUUUAAAAAACAUUUUUAGUUUUACUUAGGGUACUUUUUAGAUGUUCAGUUUGUGUCAUUCCUUUAUUUUGCAUAUUAUGUUUGUAGUAAAUAUUUCAGCUUUUAUUUUCAUUAUUUUUUAUUGUUUCUGUAAAGCACAUUGUGUUGCAUUCCAUGUCUGAAAUGUGCUGUAUAAAUAAAGCUUGAUUUGAUUUGUUAACAGGUGACCUAAAUCACACAUCUAGUAAGUUAGACAUCAAUAAAGGGUAUAUUCAAGGAACCUCCAGAGGCUGAAGAAAAAAGUAAUCUCUACAAAUAAUCUAAAGGACAUCUGGAGAUUACUAUUCAACUACAAAAGACUACUCCUUUUUUCUCAAAGUAAGAAAAUCUACUCAAGAAUUGACUACAUUUACAGUAUAUUUCACUACAUUUAUUGGGUAAAGAAAUCCAUGACAUAGUGAUAUUGGAUCAUUCUCCUGUAUCAUGCUUAAUUACACCAACAUAAAAUAUACUUUGUUCAUUCUCCAUAUUCUGUCACUGAGUGCAUCGUCAAAGAACCAACAUGUAUUAUACAUGUUACAAAAAAACCUUGACCAUUACAAAUGAGGACAGAGUAAAGCCCUCCCCUGACAUAAUUUGGGAUGUUAAGGCAUACAUAAGGGGGAUGAUCAUCUCAUUCUCUGCAAAAGAUAAAUCUGAGUUAAUAAAAAAAAAAGUACAAAUUCUGAACUUAAGCAGGCAUAUGAUAUUUUUGAAGAGAGCCAACAACUACAGGUUAAACUAAAAUUAAACAUACUAUUUACUGGCAAAUAAACCCAGUAAACACCUUGCAUUCCUCACAAAUGAAUACAUGCCAAAAAGUUUUAAAAGAGAAGGAUACAAAUGCUUCAAUUAGACAACGCUAUUCAUUUCCAUUUUUAAAGGCUUUUAAUGAAAAUCUAUAUAAAUCCAAAUUAAACAGUUGGACUGAUCUUGCAGUCUUACACUCAACAACCCUGAAGCAACUAUCAGGGGGAAAAAAAUCCCCCCCAAAAUAAAUAUUAGACAAAACUUUCACGUGACAAAAAGCACCAGGCAUGGACAGCAUUCCCAUAAAAUUUUACUUAACAUUCUGGGACAAAGUAGCGCUCCUAAUUACUGAAAUGAUAAGACAUACAGCACUGUGCAAACGUUUUAGGCAGGUGUGAAAAAAAUACCGUAAAGUAAGAAUGCUUUCAAAAAUAGACAGGUCAAAAGUUUAUAUUUAUCAAUUAACAAAAGUCAGUGAACUGAAGAAAAAUCUAAAUCUAAAUCAAAUCAAUAUUUGGUGAGACCACCCUUAGCCUUCAAAACACCAUUAAAUCUAGGUACACUUGCACACAGUUUGAAAGAACUCAGCAGGUAGGUUUGCCCAAACAUCCUGGUGAACUAACCACAGUUCUUCUGUGGAUUUAUGCAGCCUCAGGUGCUUCUCUCUUCAUGUAAUCCCAAACAGAUUCGAUGUUGUUGAGAUCAGGGCUCUGUGGGGGCCAUACCAUGACUUCCAGGAAAACGUGUUCUUCUUUAUGCUGAAUUUAGUUCUUAAUGACUUUCACUGUAUGUUUGGGGUCUUUGUUUGCUGCAGAAUAAAUUUGGGGCCAAUCAGAUUGCAUGAUGGAUAAGUAUCUGCCUAUACUUCUCAGCAUUGAGGAGACCAUUCAUUCUGACCAAAUCCUCAACGCCAUUUGCAGAAAUGUAGCCCCAAACUUGCAAGGAAAAUCCGUCAUGCUUCACUGUUGACUGCAGACACUCAUUCGUGUACCGCUCCCCAGCCCUUCGGCGAACAAACUGCUUUCUGCUACAGCCAGUAGCAGAGCACCUGCUGCCAUUUUUCUGUACCCCAGUGCAUAGUUGAGUCGCUUGGCCUAGUUUCCAUGUCAGAGGUAUGACUUUUUGGCCACAAGUCUUCCAUGAAGGCCACUUCAGACCAGACUUCUCAGGACAGUAGAUGGGUGUACCAGGGUUCCACUGUUUUCUGCAAAUUCUGAGCUCAUGGCACCGCUGGACAUCUUCUGAUUGCGAAGAGAAGUAAGCAUGAUGUGUCUUUCAUCUGCUGCAGUAAGUUUCCUUGGCCGACCACUGCGUCUACGGCCCUCAACGUUGCCCGUUUCUUUGUGCUUCUUCAAAACAGCUUAGACAGCACAUAUGGAAACCACUGUCUGCCUUGACAUGUCUGCCUGGGAGAGACCUUACUGAUGCAGUAUAACUACCUUGUGUCUUGUUGCUGUGCUCAGUCUUGCCAUGGGGUAUGACUUUUGACAGUAAACUGUCUCCAGCAACCUCACCUUGUUAGCAGAGUUUGGUUGUUCCUCACCCAGUUUUAUUCCUCAUACACAGCUGUUUCUGUUUCAGUUAAUGAUUGUGUUUCAACCUACAAAUUGAUUGAUGAUCAUUAGCACCUGUUUGGUAUAAUUGUUUAAUCAUACACAUAUGCCUACAAAAUCCCUGACUUUGUGCAAGUGUACCUAGAAGAAUUGAUGCUGUUUUGAAGGCAAAGGAUGGUCACACCAAAUAUGGAUUUGAUUUAGAUGUUUCUUCUGUUCACUCACUUUGCAUUUAGUUAAUUGAUAGAUAUAAUUUAUUAACAUGUCUAUUUUUUUAAAGCAUUGUAACCUUCCUGUAUUUUUUGACACUAUCCUAAAACCUUUACACUGUACUGUAUGUCACUCAAUUUAGUGCUUUCUAGCUCCAUGUAUCAAACAGUCAUCUCAGUUAUAUUAAAAUCAGGACAAUCUGGAGUCCCCUGCAGAUUACAGACCCAUAAAUGUAAUAAAUUGUGACAGAAUAAUAACAAAACUCAACAGCAACAGAAUACAAAAGUCUCACCAGACGUGACAUAUUAAUCAAACAAGGUCUAUUAAAAAUAGACACAUACAAAAAAAUACAAGAACAUGUUUCAAUAUGAUACAAUAAGCUAAAAUACAAGAACAUGUUUCAAUAUGAUACAAUAAGCUAAAAUACAAGAACAUGUUUCAAUAUGAUACAAUAAGCUAAAAUACAAGAACAUGUUUCAAUAUGAUACAAUAAGCUAAAAUACAAGAACAUGUUUCAAUAUGAUACAAUAAGCUAAAAUACAAGAACAUGUUUCAAUAUGAUACAAUAAGCUAAAAUACAAGAUGUAGAUUUAUCAAUAUUGGCAUUAGAUGCUGUUAGGAAUUUUAUGAAUAAUUAUAUUUAAAUAUAAUUAUAACUAAUUAAACUCUACCCUGUUUUACAAUAUCUGAUUAAUAAUGUUAGUUCCUAAGAAAGAGGUUAGGUAGCAUGGAUAAGGGGUAAUUGGAAAUGAUAACCAUUGUGGAAGAAGGAAUGUAUGUGUGUAUGUCUAAAGUAAGCAAAGAGUAUCAUUAACCUAUGUUUGAACCGACUCAAAUAAGACAGCGAGAGCCCCUCCAGGUUUUCCUUAUCUGGAACUGUCUGCUAAGUGGUAAUAAACUAUGGUGAGACUUCAGGAGUUAAUCCAGAUAUAGUGUGUCAGGUAUGUGAGUUGGAAUGAAUUUUUGAACCUGCUUUGUCCUGGUCGAGAGGAGGAGAUACAUUUUAUAACCUAUGACAUAUGUGGUAUAUAAACUGUUAUACAUGGUUCUAUGAGCAGCGCUCUCGAGAAUAAAUGCUAUUGGCUAAUUUUGAUAGA